GCCAUUUAACAACGGCCUGAAAUCCGAGCUAGCCACUUGUGACCAUUAUUGUAAAAGGCGUGUGUAAUACAUAUGUGAAAAUUCAGAACUUAAGAAAAAUGCCGGUUUACAAGUUGAUUUACUUUGACGCUAAGUGGCGCGGGGAGGUUAUUAGGCUGGCCUUUACAGCCGCAGGGCAGGAGUUCGAAGAUCGAAGAAUUGCUGGGGAGGAAUGGCCGAGUAUCAAACCUACUUUACCACAAAACCAGGUACCAUGCCUCCAGGUAGAUGACCUUUUGAUCCCCCAGUCCGGCGCCAUCAUGCGAUAUGUUGGCAGAGCUUUCGGGUUAUACGGAACGAACAACGAUGAAAGUACGAUCAUCGAUGUUAUUCUGGGGACUGCGGAAGAUUUCGUUAAGAAUAUUGCGACCAUGCAUUUCGAGAAAGAUGAAACAAAGAAAGCAGAGCUAACGCGAGACAUGGAGGAGACUAAAUUGCCACAACUCUUUAGUGUGUUAGAGAAAAUUCUGAAGGAAAACAAGAGUGCGGGCGAAUUUUGUGUAGGGGAUAAAAUUUCAUUGGCUGACCUUCAAAUCUUUGACAUGAUUGAUCAAGCCGGUUCCAUGGUAAAGCUCCCGACAUUGCCUCCAAAGCUUGGUGGUUUGAUUGAUAAGGUGAAGGCCAACCCUGCAAUAAAGGCGUAUUUGGCGAAGAGAAAGUAACCCCAAAACGCAACACAUGGAAAGAGAAAGUAAUUACACAACGCUGCACACGGAAAGAGAAAGUAACUACAUAACGCAGCACACGGAAAGAGAAAGUAACUACACAACGCAGCACACGGAAAGAGAAAGUAAAUACACAACAAAGCACAUGGAAAGUUAGAAGCAGCAUAAUAUCAUAGAGUCAUUUCAUCGGAAUCAAUCUUGAAAAAAAGAUCAAUUCUCCAAAAAUUGGGAUAAUGUCAUAGCUUUUGAUUAUCUGUUAUUUAGAUUUAUCUUUAUGAAGUCUUCACGUUCUUUAACACUUUCAGACGGUAAAAAUUUCAUCUGAAAUUGUCAUUUAGUUCAAAGUCUUAUUAUAUGCUACAAUGUAGUAUAUUGAAAUUAUAUUACGAUAAAAAGUACGAAAUUUGAUGUUGUGAACGAUUGCAGAUUACCGACAUACACGUGUGAAAUGAAAUUGCAGAGUAAAUACAAACAAUGAU